UCAUCGUCAUCCCAUUUUCUCUCUCUUCUCGUCUUCUUUAUUUCUCUCUCUAGUCUCUCUCUCUCUCUCUAAUUCCUUCGAAUUGAAGUUCCAGCAGAGAGAAAAUUCAGGAGAUACAACAAUGGGGAUUCCGACAGCAACUCCGGUGGUUUCGGAUGUGCUGAGUGAAAGAGCAGCAACGAUGAGAGACUCUCUUCAGAAGAGUCAGUCCAUCACAGACACAGUUGCUUCCAUUCUCGGCUCCUUUGACCACCGUCUCUCCGCCCUCGAAACCGCCAUGCGUCCAACCCAGAUUAGAACACAUGCGAUUCGGAGAGCUCACGAGAACAUUGAUAAGACCUUGAAGGCUGCAGAGGUUAUAUUGUCUCGAUUUGACCUUUCUCGCCAGGCAGAGAGUAAAAUACUCAAAGGUCCUCAUGAAGACCUGGAAAGUUAUCUUGAAGCAAUCGAGCAGUUAAGAAGGAACAUUCGUUUUUUCAGCAACAACAAGAGCUUCAAGAGUAGUGAUGGGGUGGUCAACCAUUCAAAUAAUUUACUUGCUAAGGCUAUCUCAAAGUUGGAAGAGGAGUUCAAGCAACUCUUAUCAUCCUACAGCAAACCUGUGGAGCCUGAACGUCUUUUUGAGUGCCUUCCCAGUUCGCUACGGCCAUCAUCAGAAUCGCCAGGAAACCAGGGUGAUUCUGGUGCCAAGAAUCAUUCAUCUAAUAGUCACUCUGAACACCAUAACCAUAACCUGGAAAAUGCUGUUUACACGCCACCUACUCUCAUACCACCACGGAUUCUACCAUUGCUUCAUAAUUUAGCCCAACAAAUGGUUCAAGCUGGCCACCAACUGCACUUGCUGAGAAUAUACAGGGAUACCCGUUCUUCAGUUUUGGAAGAGAGUCUUCGCAAAUUAGGAGUUGAAAAACUUAGCAAAGAUGAUGUUCAAAAGAUGCAGUGGGAGGUUUUGGAGGCUAAGAUUGGAAAUUGGAUUCAUUUCAUGAGGAUUGCUGUCAAACUACUAUUUGCUGGGGAAUGGAAAGUCUGCAAUCAAAUGUUUGAAGGCAUGGAUUCUCUCAGGGAUCAAUGUUUUGCUGAAGUUACUUCAAGUAGUGUUGCUGUGCUACUUAGUUUCGGAGAAGCGAUUGCAAGAAGCAAGAGAUCACCAGAAAAGUUAUUUGUGCUUUUAGACAUGUAUGAAAUAAUGCGAGAACUUCACUCGGAGAUUGAAACACUUUUCCAAAGCAAAGCUUGUAGUGAAAUUAGGGAAUCUGCAUUGGGUUUAACGAAGCGGCUUGCCCAGACAGCCCAAGAGACCUUUGGUGAUUUUGAAGAAGCAGUUGAAAAGGAUGCAACAAAAACUGCCGUGUUGGAUGGAACCGUCCAUCCUUUGACUAGCUAUGUCAUUAACUACGUGAAGUUUUUAUUUGACUAUCAAUCAACGUUGAAGCAACUUUUUCAAGAAUUCGAGAGUGGAGAGGAAACAAAUUCUCAGUUGGCUUCCGUGACAAUGCGAAUAAUGCAGGCUCUUCAAACCAAUUUGGAUGGGAAAUCAAAGCAGUAUAAGGAUCCUGCUCUGACUAACUUGUUUCUUAUGAACAAUAUUCACUAUAUGGUCAGAUCUGUACGCAGGUCUGAAGCAAAGGAUUUGUUAGGGGAUGACUGGGUCCAAAGACACAGGAGGAUUGUGCAGCAACAUGCAAAUCAAUAUAAGAGGAUUGCUUGGGCAAAGAUCCUGCAGUGCCUCACCAUACAAGGCCUGUCCUCAUCCGGGGGUGGUAGUUCAGUUGGUGGUGCUGAUGGAGGAAAUAGUAGUGGAGUUUCAAGAGCAAUAGUGAAGGAUAGGUUGAAGAUGUUUAAUAUUCAGUUUGAGGAGCUUCAUCAAAGGCAGUCUCAAUGGACGGUUCCUGACACUGAGUUGCGAGAAUCUCUGAGGCUUGCAGUUGCUGAAGUCUUGUUGCCAGCAUACAGAAAUUUCAUCAAACGCUUUGGGCCUCUGGUUGAGAGUGGUAAGAACCCCAUGAAGUACAUCAGAUUCACGGCAGAGGAUCUUGACCGAAUGCUUGGUGAAUUUUUUGAGGGGAAGACCUUAAAUGAACCUAGGCGGUAGAUUUCUGGCUCUAUGAUGCCACCAAGGGAGAAAAAAGGAAUAACGAAAGAAAAAAUCAACUCUAUCAAGUUCACGAGGUAUAUUGGCCUUUUCUUUCAUUACUGUGUACGUUAUACCCUUGGUGUGGGAAGCUCUCGUUUUUGUGAGUUUUUUUACUACAGUGGUGUUACAUGUCUAUAACUCUGUCCACUGGUUACUGGGAGAGGAAAAUAAAAGAAAAAUAGGUGGUGCUAUAUGCACAGUGACUGUUUUUGCGUACGUAAAUAGUCAUAUAUAUAUAUAUCUAGUUGUGCUGCUACCUUGUUAUUGGUGCAACUGGUGGUGUUGUAUUUGUCAUUGAUCUCCAGAUUUCUCUUGUUUAAAUAGAUGACACUUUCUGAAUUCUGAUUACAUGGUUCUUAUUUGAAUUGAUGAAAGUUGCAUUAUAUGCCCUUAUAAUCGUA